AGACUGGGAUAUAAAGACAUUUGUCAAAAUAGUUUAAUUAGUUUGUCUUAAAAUGGCAAGCAAAAAGAACGAAGAGAAGAAAGAAGAAGAUUCGCGGUUUGAGUUUAUAUUACAAUAUUUAAUUCGUUCUAGUAAGCUCAAAACGGAUAAAUGGAAUAAAAUGAUGUCCAAUGAUGAUUUAAAGGAUAUCAUUUUAAAGUUUUUUAAUACCGCAUCUGAAAUGAUACUGGUGAUGCAAAUGUCAUCAGCUGGUGUCCUUUUGCCAUAUCUCGGCAUUCAGUCUGGAAGUAAGAUCAAGUCAUCAUACUUUUUGAAAAGACAACCGAGCAAAGUAACCCAAGAGAAUUUUCUUGAAAUUUUGAUUCCUGGUGACAUGGCGCCAAAGCCAAUUGAUGAACUUGCUGUCCUCGUCGAAGAGGUUUACGUUCCUAUUUUAUCAAAUCCAAAAAAUCACACCGGUUGGCCUGCCACCGUGGGUGAAGAUGUGAAGAAACAUGUUUAUGAUUUACGUAGCAUGAUAUGUCAGGUGCGGGGUAAAAUGACAGGUCAAACUUUACUGCCGAUGCCAAUGGGAGCUGAAAGAAUUUUCGAGGCCGAGUGGAAUGUUCAAAAAACUGCCGGUCAAGAAGUUGACAUCACACUAAAAAGUGAUAUUGAAGGUAUAAUCAUUAAAUGGGCUAUCCAGAUUAAUGACAUCCUGAACGAAGAUAGCAGUGGAAUUAUUGAUGAACAUGAUCAUCCGUUACCCAGUUCAGAGAUUGAAUUUUGGCGUCAGAGGCUCAAAAAUUUGGAAACCAUUUACGAGCAGAUGAAGGAUCCACGGGUAAAGAAAAUGGCAUCCUUGCUUGAACUUACCGACAGUCCUUACUUACCGUGUUUCAAGACGCUUUUUAAAAAUGUUGUAGCCGCUGUUAUAGAGGCACGCGAUGUCUGUCUAUAUUUGAAACCUCUUCAGCCGUACUUUGAUCAAAUAGAGAGUUCAGAGUUCACAGAAGUUCGUGAAAAAAUUAAAUCGCUGUUGCACUCUAUUUGUCUGACUUGGGCUAAUUCUAGGUAUUAUUGCACCACCACUAGGAUAAUAACACUCUUAUCCGAAGUGGCCAAUCUGAUUAUACAUGUGGCUAGCAAGACACUCGAUCCCGGAUCGCUUUUUCAAGGCGAUAUCGAUGAUAAUGCAAAGAGAGUUACGGAGACAAUAGAGAUAAUAGAAUAUUUUCAAGAAUGUUUUGUGAAUUUUCGUGAAAAAAUUGAAAAUUACUUUCGGCCGCCGGCUGAGCCCGUUUUAUGGACGUUUCAUGAGAAAUUAAUAUUUUCUCGAUUACGUAACUUUGAAAAGCGGCUGAAGGAGAUAAAGACUCUCUUCGAAAUUGCACAAGAGUACCUCAAGCUGGAGAGAAUAGAAAUUUCAGGACUGAAAGGAAAAGUUUUGUGCUCAAUGGCGUAUAAUAUUUACGAGGAAUUCAGUAAAUUGUAUUCCGAGUUUUCUGGCGUUCAGUACGAAAUAUUAUUACCGGAAGAGGAUGGCUUCACUGAAGAUUUGUCAAAUUUUCUAAAACAGGUAGAAGAAUAUGACAGGAGAUUGGCAUCUAUAUUUGAUAAUGCAUUUUCGGAAUGUCACAACACCGAUACGUUAUUCGAAUUAAUUUGGAUAAUGGGAGCGAUCGCCCUUAGACCAAUUAUACUAACACAGCUUUGGCCUAAUUAUGAAAAAUUACUAAGUAUGAUCCACACGCAUUUAGACACUGUUAAGGUCCUGUUCGAUGAAAAUUUCGAAACUCGUAAAAGAACGGGUCAUAUGGUGGUCGAUCAGUAUUUUCCACCAGUGGCUGGUGCAUUGUGUUGCAUAAUGAAAUUAAUGAACCGUAUCGAUCGUCCUUUGGAAUGCAUGCAAUUAAUUGAUCAUCCGUUAUUGGCCAGUCAGUCGGCACGUGAGAUUCAAGCCAAACAUGAUGAGCUGCAGGUCUUGUUGAAUGAAACGGACAAAGAAAUAUUUGCUGAAUGGGCUACGAAGGUUCCUGAAAUCUGUACAGUCAAUCUUAGUAAAAGUCUACAUAAUAUUAUUGAAGAUCACCUUCUAGAACAAAAUUUUAGUUCUGAGCUGGUAGCUAUCCUAAGGGAAACACGGUAUAUGAUUAUUAUGCAGAGAACUGAUUUACCGACGGAAGCUAUGGAACUGUUCGAUAGAACGCAGUUCUUUUUUGAGAGUACCUUCAAGCUCAAUCUAACUAUCAAUUGGUAUAACAGAAUUCGAAAGUUUAGCUCUCCAGUAGAAUUUGAAUUGAUCCGGGAAGAGAUUGAACGUAUCGAUGAACUAAUUGAUCAGGGUCAAAGGGAUUAUAAUUGGAAUUCACCAGAAGUAGCGGAAUAUAUCGAUAAUUUGAUGAAAAUUAUUAAAAAACUCCAUGCGAGAGUGUUCAAAGCUCAGGAGAAUAUUGAACGUGUGAUGAAGAUGUUGUAUUCGUGGGCCAUGAUUCCUGUUUUGGAUCGUAAGGAUCUUAAGGACGAACAUCUUUUGGCCCUUGGGGAGCGGGAGGAAAGAUUCGAAAAGAGAUAUCGUGAGAUAUCCGAAACUGCUCAAGAAAUUGAGAGAGUUUUGGAAGAGAAUUACAAACUCUUUUUUGACUUACUACCUGAAGAAGAGUUCAUUAAGGAUGAGUAUGAUGCUGCUGAAGAGGAUGAAGUAAAGGAGAGAAUUUCCGAAGUCGGAGGGGAAGAUGGUGAAAAUGCAGGUGAAUUUGAUGACGUAGAUGAGAAAACACAGGAUGCAUCUGCUAAAGACGACGAGGUCACAAGUAAAGAAGCCAAAGAGUCGGAUGAUCAAGAACCGGAAGUAGAGCUGACGCCAUCGGAAAUCUUAAAAAAAGAGGAGGAAGCUGCCAUAGAAGCUGAAUUAGAAGCACAGCGUCGUAUCAGAUGGAAGCCAUAUCUCGUAUACGUGGAUGGUCUCAUAUCAAAAGGGUUAAUUCAGGCAGCCUCUACCAGUAUCUGUUACAUCCUCGAUGAAACUGAUCCUAUGAAGUCAAUAUCGCCGUUGUUCGAAGUUCAGCUGUGCUUGGAAAUACCGGAUAUUGUCUACCGUCCGCCAGUCGAAUUGAGCAUUCCGGAUAAUUUUUAUACUCUUUUCGAGGGACUGCUAUUUGAUAUGAUGAAAAUGGGUAUUUGGAUACCCCGUAUAGAUCCUGAUCUAGCUAUCGAGAGAGAACAUUAUGGGAUCGAUCUUGCCGAGGAUGAACAUAUUGUUUUUAUGUUGGAGGAAACUUGCAAUCGUGUGAAACUUGCUCUUGUACAGGCGCAGGAAUAUGCAUUAGUUUAUGAAUCUUAUUCCUGGCUCUGGCUAGAGGAUAGACAACAGUAUUUGGAUCUGUUUAUAAAGUAUGCUAGAAUGCUCACGGCGGAGGAAAAGGAGCUGGUGGCUCAAGCUCCGGAAAAUUUGUCGGACUUUAUAAAAGAAAAGAAACCGGAACUGGCCGAUUUCAAAAAGCAAAUCGAUUUUUUCGUUGAUCUGUACUCAAAGUGCGAUCAUAUCGAGAAUGAAAAAAUUCUAUUUCGAUGGUUUCGUAUUGACGUUAAACCAUUUAAGCAGGCCUUACUCAAUACUAUUUGCAAAUGGUCUAACUUACUUAAAAACCAUUUAGUGAAUCACGUCAACACCAGUUUGCAAAAGCUUGCGGAAUUCUUGAGCGCAGCACACAACCGGUUCGUUCAGCCUGUUUUGGAAAACGACUAUGAUGGCUUGCUUCAAACUAUAUAUUAUCUCAAAGAAGUUAGAGACAGACAAUACGAAAUUGACGACACUUUUGAUCCCAUUAAGGAAAUCAUCAAUUUGUUGCAACAAUAUCAAGUAGAGUUCGGCGAAGAAACAUUCACUUGGUUAAUAGAAUUACCAGAACAGUGGACGAAUGUUCAAAAAUUGGCAGCUCAGGUGAAACAAGUAGUAGCCCCAUUGCUGGCACACCAGAUAGAAUUAUUGCGCAAACGAACAAAUUUCUUCGACUUCAGACAGCAAAAGUUCUUGACAGUCUUCCAUGCCAGUGAGGCGUUCGAUUAUUGCUCAAAUGUGUACGAUAAGCUUGAUAAGCUGAAUGUCGAAAUAGAGAAGUUAGAAGAUGAAUUAAAAACACUGACAGAAACUGCGAAUAUCUACGAGCAGCAAAUUCAGGACUUCAAGCAGAUAAAACAAGCACGAAGGGAACUCAAGCUGUUGAAACAUCUUUGGGAUUACGUUAACGUCAUUCAUACCAACCUGGAUGAAUGGAAAACGACAGUUUGGAAAAAAAUAGACGUGGAAGCUAUGGAUCAGGAAUGUAAAAAAUUGACUAGAGAAUUGAGACAACUGGAUAAGGAGGCCAGAUCUUGGGCGUUGUACACUCACACAGAGUCCCAAGUCAGAAACAUGAUGUCCUCGUUAAGGGCUGUAUCAGAGCUUCAAAAUCCCGCAAUCAGGGACAGACACUGGCAGCAACUUAUGGCUGAAACUCAGGUCAGAUUUACUAUGGAUGAUAAAACGACUCUGGAAGACUUACUCAAAUUACAAUUGCACAAAUAUGAGGAGGAAGUGAAGAAUACUGUCGAUAAGGCAGUUAAGGAAAUGGGCAUGGAGAAGACGCUUAAGGAGUUACAUAACACUUGGGCUAAUCUCGAAUUUGAUAAGGAGGUGCACGAGAGAACGAAGUUGAAUGUACUUAAGAUAAGUGAAGAGAUUAUUGAGAUACUAGAAGACAAUCAGGUUCAAUUACAAAAUAUGCUUGGUUCAAAAUAUAUUGGUUACUUUCUCGACGAGGUCACGGAUUGGCAACAAAAAUUGAGUAACGCCGAUGCAGUUAUCAACGUAUGGUUCGAAGUACAGAGAGCUUGGAUGCAUUUGGAGAGCAUCUUUAUCGGUUCUGAGGAUAUUAGAAAUCAGUUACCCGAAGACUCAAAGCGUUUUGAAAAAAUAGACAGAGACUUCAAGGAACUACUAAAAGAAGUUUUGUCCACUAUGAACAUAGUAAAGGCUACAAAUAAACCAAAAUUACAAGAGCGCCUUGAGGAUUUGCAAAAGCAACUGAAUCUUUGUGAAAAAGCAUUAUCGAAUUAUUUGGAAACAAAAAGACUGGCGUAUCCAAGAUUUUACUUCGUGUCCCCCGCUGAUCUUCUCGAUAUUCUCAGCAACGGUAACAAUCCUGAACUGGUUUGCAGACACUUGGCCAAGUUAUACGACUCUGUUGCAAAACUAGUCUGGAAAAUGGAAGGUGGGAAGCCGACGAAAAUUGCGAACGCGAUGAUCGCCAAAGAUGGCGAAUCUAUGGCUAUGCACGGGACAUGUGACUGUAAUGGCAAGGUGGAGAUAUGGCUGAAUCGAGUGACAGAUGCAAUGAGAAGAACCGUUCGUUUCCAUUUUGGACAGGCUGUAGUAUCUUACGAUGAAAAACCACGUGAACUUUGGAUAUUUGAUUAUCAAGCACAACCGGCAUUGUGCGGUACUCAGAUUUGGUGGACAACUGAAGUAAAUAUGGCUUUCGCCAGAUUAGAAGAAGGUUUUGAAAACGCACUUAAGGAUUAUCAGAAAAAGCAAAUCAAUCAGCUGAAUGCACUGAUCACGAUACUUUGUGGCGAUCUUGACGAAAGCGAUCGUCAGAAGAUCAUGACCAUUUGCACAAUUGAUGUUCACGCUAGGGAUGUUGUUGGAAAACUCAUAUCUACCAAAGCUGAAAGUUCGUCCAGCUUUCAGUGGCAAUCUCAACUUAGGCACAGAUGGGAUGAUAAGUUAAGCGAUUGCUUUGCCAAUAUUUGUGACGCUAGCUUCAGUUACGGUUAUGAGUAUUUAGGAAAUGUACCACGUUUAGUAAUCACACCACUGACUGACAGAUGUUAUAUAACAUUGACUCAAUCACUUCACUUGAUCAUGGGUGGUGCACCAGCUGGUCCAGCUGGUACUGGUAAGACCGAAACUACUAAAGAUCUUGGUAGAGCGCUUGGUCAGAUGGUUUAUGUGUUCAAUUGUUCCGAACAGAUGGAUUACAAGUCAUGCGGCAACAUCUACAAGGGUCUGGCGCAGACUGGUGCUUGGGGAUGCUUUGAUGAGUUCAAUAGGAUCUCCGUUGAAGUUCUUUCUGUUGUUGCUGUUCAAGUAAAGUCUGUCUUAGACGGUGUCAAGAAUAGAAAGAAGAAGUUUUUGUUCUUUGGAGAAGAAUUGAAUAUUGUCGAUACUGUAGGAAUGUUUAUAACGAUGAAUCCUGGUUAUGCCGGUAGGACUGAACUUCCUGAAAAUCUGAAAACGCUAUUUAGACCUUGUGCUAUGGUUGUUCCUGACUUUGAAUUGAUUUGUGAAAUCAUGUUGGUCGCUGAAGGAUUUCAAGAAGCUCGAUUGCUUGCCAGAAAAUUUAUAACAUUAUAUACACUUUGUCGCGAACUUUUAUCUAAGCAAGAUCACUAUGAUUGGGGCUUGAGAGCCAUCAAAUCAGUUCUGGUAGUGGCUGGAAAGUUAAAACGUGGUGACCGGCAUAGAGCCGAAGAUCAAGUAUUGAUGAGAGCUCUUCGCGACUUCAAUACACCGAAAAUAGUGACUGACGAUAUACCAGUGUUCAUGGGCCUCAUUGGAGACUUAUUUCCUGCCUUGGAUGUGCCAAGAAAGAGAGACUUAGAUUUUGAAAAGAUGAUCAGAGGUGCUGCAUUAGACUUGAAGAUGCAACCUGAAGAUGGUUUUGUUCUAAAGGUCGUUCAACUGGAAGAGCUUUUUAAUGUCAGACAUUCAGUGUUCAUCGUGGGACUUGCAGGGACCGGAAAGACCCAAGUUUGGAAAACACUGAACAGAACGUAUUUUAAUCAAAAACGUAAACCUAUAUACAAUGAUUUGAAUCCUAAAGCUGUAACCAACGACGAACUCUUUGGUAUUAUCAAUCCAGCUACCAGAGAAUGGAAAGAUGGGUUGUUCUCCGUCCUAAUGAGGGAUCAGGCUAACAUGAGUGGCGAUGGCCCCAAAUGGAUAGUAUUCGAUGGCGACAUAGAUCCAAUGUGGAUAGAAUCAUUAAACACUGUUAUGGAUGACAACAAAGUAUUGACACUGGCUAGUAACGAAAGAAUAGCAUUGACCAAGCAUAUGAGACUCUUGUUCGAAAUUUCGAACUUGAGAACAGCCACUCCUGCCACUGUAUCUAGAGCAGGUAUCCUUUACAUCAACCCGCAGGAUCUGGGUUGGAAUCCGUUUGUGGCCAGUUGGAUAGAAACAAGAGACAACUCAGAAAGAGCCAACUUAGUUAUUCUUUUCGACAAGUAUAUACCGCCCUUGUUGGAAUCGAGUAAGACUAAAUUCAAGAAAAUAACACCGAUACCUGAAAUAUGCCAUCUGGAAAUGUUGUGCAAUUUGUUAGACUGCUUUUUAACAAAAGAAAACGUGCCACCUGACUGUCCUAAAGAAUGGGUGGAAAUAUACUUUGCAUUUGCAUGCAUCUGGGCCUUCGGUUCUGCUACAUUUCAAGACCAGUUGAUUGAUUGGCGCAAUGAGUUCAGUAAGUGGUGGGUGAACGAAUUCAAGGCCAUUAAAUUUCCAGCGGGUGGAACCAUCUUCAGCUACUACAUAGAGAACGAAACGAAAAAACUUGUGCCUUGGAGCGAGAAAGUUGGCAAAUUCGAAUUGGACAUGGACAUACCCCUUCAGUCGACUUUGGUACCAACUGGUGAAACUGCACGACUUCGUUUCUUCAUGGAUCUACUGAUGCAGCGUAGGGUACCAGUAAUGUUAGUUGGUAGCGCAGGUUCUGGAAAGAGUGUCAUCGUUGCUGAGAAGUUAUCAUCAUUGUCAGACAAUUAUAACAUAGCAAACGUGCCGUUCAAUUUCUAUACGACUUCAGAAAUGCUACAGAGAAUCCUAGAGAAGCAUUUGGAGAAAAAGGCUGGUCGUAACUUUGGACCACCCGGUACAAAACUUCUUGUAUACUUCAUCGAUGAUAUGAAUAUGCCUGAAGUAGAUACGUACGGCACUGUCCAGCCGCAUACACUUAUUAGACAGCAUAUGGAUUACGGUCAUUGGUACGAUAGAGUUAAGCUGACCCUGAAGGACAUUCAUAAUACGCAGUAUGUGUCCUCCAUGAAUCCUACUGCUGGCAGUUUUACUAUAGAUCCACGUUUACAAAGACACUUUGCAGUUUUUGCAGUAAGCUUCCCUAGUCAGGAUGCUCUACAGACAAUUUAUAGUCAAAUGUUGUCGCAACAUUUUGCAAAUCCACAACAAAAGAUUGGAAUAGCAGUUCAAAAAAUGACAGAAUUUAUUAUAGCAGGGGCCUUAUAUCUUCAUGAAAAAGUUACCGCCAGUUUUCUACCAACUGCUAUCAAAUUUCAUUAUACAUUUAAUCUGCGCGACUUGUCCAAUAUAUUUCAAGGUUGUCUAUUUGCCAAUGGGGAGACUAUACCACUGCCAAUGUCAGCAAUCCGAUUAUACGCUCACGAGGCAACACGAGUUUAUUGCGAUAAAUUAGUAAAUUACGAAGACAAAAAAAUGUUCGAUCAAUUACUUCGAGAGGCACUCAGAAAGAAUAUACCAGAACUGGAUGAAUCAAUAGUCUUUGCGGAGCCUCUCAUUUACUGUCAUUUUGCCGAGGGAAUUGGAGAACCAAAAUAUAUGCCAAUUAGAGAAUGGCCCCAAUUGACAAAAUUAUUGGACGAUGCAUUAUCCAAUUAUAACGAACUGGUUUCCGCCAUGAAUCUUGUUAUGUUCGAUGAUGCCAUGUACGACGUGUGUCGAAUAAACAGAAUCUUAGAAGCACCGAGAGGAAAUGCACUUCUCGUAGGCGUUGGUGGAAGUGGAAAACAAUCGUUGUCUCGUUUAGCAUCAUUUAUAUCAUCAUUAGAAGUAUUUCAGGUUCAACUCAAAAAAGGUUAUGGACUUAAUGAUCUUAGGGCAGACUUGGCUCAACUGUACCUUAAAGCCGGUCUCAAAAGUAUGGGAAUCACUUUCCUGAUGACAGAUUCUCAAGUUGCACAGGAAAAGUUCCUGGUUGUAGUCAAUGAUAUGCUAGCAUCUGGUGAGAUUUCUGAAUUGUUUUCUGACGACGAGAUGGACAACGUUAUUAAUGGAAUUAGAAAUGAGGUUAAACAAGCUGGAAUUAUUGAUACGAAAGAGAAUUGUUGGAAAUUCUUCAUUGAUCGUGUGAGGAAGCAACUGAAAUGCAUAUUGUGUUUCUCGCCAGUUGGUGCUACCUUAAGAAAAAGAGCUAGACAAUUUCCAGCUUUGGUAAAUUGCACUUCAAUUAAUUGGUUUCAAGAUUGGCCGCAAAAAGCACUGGAAUCAGUAUCAGCUAGAUUUCUCGAAGAGCUUGAGGAACUACCGACUGAACUUCGAACAUCCGUUUCCCUCUUCAUGUCUUUUGUGCACAUGAGCGUGAACGAAGCUUCGAAAAUCUAUUUGCAAAAUGAAAAGAGAUAUAAUUACACUACACCGAAGUCAUUUUUGGAACAAAUUGCCUUGUAUUCUAAGCUUUUGGCCGAAAAGACAUAUGAUUUGAAAGCAAUGAUUAUUAGAUUAGCAAAUGGUCUGACUAAACUAGCCAGUUGUGCUGGGCAGGUCGACGAACUGAAAGCCGUUCUAGCUGUUCAGGAAGUAGACCUCAAACGAAAGAAUGAAAUCGCCGAUAAGAUCCUAGCUGAAGUCCGAGCUGAGAAUACGAAAGCCGAAGUAGAGAAGUCCAUAGCAUCCGAGGAGGAAGCCAAAGUGGCUGAAAUUAAAGAGAGGGUCUCGGAGAGACAAAAAAGAUGCGAUGAAGACUUGGCGAGAGCAGAACCAGCAGUUAGACAAGCAGAAGCUGCUUUGGAUACCUUGAAUAAAAACAAUCUAACUGAAUUGAAGUCAUUUGGUACGCCACCUGAUGCAGUAGCGAACGUAGCCCAGGCAGUUUUGGUAUUAUUUUCACCGAAAGGAAAAGUACCACGUGAUCGUAGUUGGAAAGCUUGUAAAGUAAUGAUGGGAGCCGUAGAUACGUUUCUAUCACAAUUGCGAAAUUACGACAAAGAGAAUAUCCAUCCUGACGUUGUGAAGGCUAUUCAACCUUAUAUUAACGACAAAGACUUUGAACCUGAUUUCAUCUAUUCCAAGUCACAGGCUGCAGCUGGUCUCUGCAGCUGGGUCAAGAAUAUCAUGGUCUUUCAUUAUAUAAAUGAGAACGUAAAGCCUCUAAGAGCUGCUUUAGCACAAGCCAAUGCUGAACUCAAAGCUGCAAUGGAUAAAUUGAAUGCACUGCGAGUUCGUUUGGCUGAACUGCAAAAAAUGCUUGACAUUUUGAGUGAGAAAAUGAAUGUGGCUUUAGCAGAGAAACAAAAAUGCCAGGACGAGGCUGAUAAUACUGCGAUGAUAAUUGACUUGGCUAAUAGAUUGGUGAAUGGUCUUGCUUCAGAGAAAAUACGUUGGGCAGAAACUGUACAAGUGUUACAGAAUUCAGGGGUUACUAUACCGGGUGAUGUACUUCUUGUGACAGCCUUUAUAUCAUAUGUGGGAUGCUUCACGAGAAAAUACAGAAUGGAUUUGAUUAAUUUGCAUUGGUUACCAUUUUUGGCAAGUUUGCAAAUUCCCAUACCGCAAACACCUAAUUUGGAUCCACUAUCGUUGUUGACUGACGAUGCACAGAUUGCUCAAUGGAACAACGAAGGACUACCAACCGAUAGAAUGUCAUCCGAGAAUGCCACGAUUCUAACUAAUUCUGCAAGAUGGCCACUUAUGAUUGAUCCACAGCUUCAGGGUCUAAAAUGGAUCAAAAACAAAUACGGUGACGAAUUAAAAAUUCUCAGACUCACCCAAAGAAAUUACUUGGAUAUGAUUGAAUUUGCCAUAUCAAAUGGCCAAGUGGUGUUAUUAGAAAAUAUUAUGGAAUCGGUUGAUGCUGUUUUGGAUCCCAUUCUUGGAAGAGUUUUAGUAAAGAAAGGCAGGGCCAUCAAAAUUGGAGACAAGGAAAUUGAUUAUAAUCCCCAGUUCCGGUUGAUUCUACAAACAAAAUUAGCAAAUCCUCAUUACAAACCAGAAAUGCAGGCUCAGACUACACUGAUCAACUUCACCGUUACUAAAGAUGGUUUAGAAGAGCAGCUACUCGGCGAAGUAGUAAAAGCUGAGCGUCCUGACUUGGAAUCCACUAAAGCAGAAUUGACUAAGCAACAAAAUACUUUUAAGAUAACGUUGAAGACACUUGAGGACGAUCUACUUCACAGAUUGUCCUCUGCUGGCCCAAAUAUUUUAAGCGACGUGGCUUUGGUGGUGAACUUAGAAACAACCAAGAAAACAGCAGCUGAAAUUGAGAUAAAAGUAGCUGAAGCUAAAGUGACAUCAGUUAAGAUAGACGAGGCCAGGGAAUGGUAUAGGCCAGCAGCAUCCAGAGCCAGUAUCUUGUAUUUCAUCUUGAAUGAUCUCAACAAGAUAAAUAUGUUGUAUCAAUUUUCAUUGAAGGCAUUCAGUGUGGUUUUUCAAAAUGCCAUCAAAUUUGCCGAAUAUUCAGAUAACUUAUCUAAACGCGUAUUACUAUUAAUAGACAGUAUAACUUAUAUGGUCUUCCUGUACACUAGUAGAGGUCUCUUUGAAAGUGAUAAGCUGAUAUUCCUUUGCCAAAUGAUAGUACAGAUACUGCUUCAAACUAAAGAAAUCUCUGAACCUGAACUGGAUUUCUUAUUGAGAUUUCCGUACACACCAAAUCUGACAAGUCCUGUGGAGUUUCUUAAUAAUACUAGCUGGGGUGGUAUCAAGUUUCUCAGUGGCAUGGAAGACUUUAGGAAUCUUGAUCGUGAUAUCGAGGGCGCUGCUAAAAGAUGGAAGAAAUUUAUAGAAUCGGAAACACCGGAACGUGAGAAAUUUCCACAGGAAUGGAAGAAUAAAAGUGCACUUCAAAGACUCUGCAUGAUGCGUUGUCUACGAUUGGAUCGAAUGACUUAUGCAGUGCGAUGUUUUGUGGAAGAAAAACUAGGUCCAAAGUUCAUCGAAUCUAGAUCACCCCCAUUUGAAAAAUCUUACGAGGAGACCAGCGCAAUAACACCUGUCUUUUUUAUAUUAUCACCUGGAGUAGAUCCUCUUAAGGAUGUUGAAAAGCUGGGUAAACGUCUAGGCUUCACGUUCGACGGUCGAAACUUUCACAAUGUGUCGCUUGGUCAAGGUCAGGAACCGGUUGCUGAAGAAGCUAUGGAUGUGGCAGCUGCCAAUGGUCAUUGGGUGAUACUUCAGAACGUGCAUUUGGUAAAAAAUUGGUUACCAAAUUUAGAAAAAAAAAUGGAGCAACUAUCAGAUGAUCCUCAUCCAAGUUAUCGUCUAUACAUCAGCGCUGAACCUAAUCCAGAUCCUCAUGAAUCUAUAGUACCUCAAGGUAUAUUGGAAUCUGCGAUCAAAAUCACAAACGAACCACCGACAGGGAUGCAUGCUAAUAUUCACAAAGCUUUAGAUAAUUUCAACCAAGAAACUUUGGACUCUUGUACAAAAGAGUCAGAGUUCAAGGCAAUACUUUUUGCGCUUUGUUAUUAUCAUGCAGUUGUCGCUGAACGCAGGAAGUUUGGACCUCAAGGAUGGAAUAGGUCUUAUCCCUUCAAUGUGGGGGAUUUGACCAUCAGCGUGUCGGUGCUACUAAAUUAUUUAGAAAAUAAUACUAAAGUACCCUGGGAAGAUUUGCGAUAUUUGUUUGGCGAGAUUAUGUAUGGUGGACAUAUUACUGACGAUUGGGACAGAAGAUUAUGCAGGACUUAUCUAUUGGAGUAUCUUCAGCCAGAACUAGUAGAUGGAGAUUUGUUCUUAGCUCCUGGAUUUUUAGCACCACCAAACAGUGACUAUCCAAGUUAUCAUCAAUACCUGGAUGAUUUUUUACCACCCGAAAGUCCAAUUCUCUAUGGACUUCAUUCAAACGCUGAAAUAGGUUUCCUAACUGUCACUUCUGAGAAUCUAUUUAAAACUGUUUUGGAAAUGCAACCAAGGGAUACUGGCGAAUCGACUGGAGCUGGCAUGUCCCGCGAAGAAAAAGUUAGGGGUUUGAUUGAGGAUCUGCUAGACAAACUUCCUGAAGAGUUCAAUAUUGCUGAACUCAUGGCCAAAGUAGAGGACAGAACGCCAUUUAUCAUUGUAGCCUUUCAAGAGUGCGAAAGAAUGAAUAUACUGUGCGGUGAGCUCAAGAGGUCGCUUCGCGAAUUAGAACUUGGUUUGAAAGGUGAAUUGACAAUUAAUGCUGAUAUGGAAGAUUUGCAAAAUUUUUUAUACAUGGACUCAGUUCCACCAUCUUGGACAAAAAGGGCAUAUCCGUCAAGUCUUGGAUUAACAAAUUGGUUUGCUGACAUGAUGAAUAGGGUGGCUGAGUUAUCUAACUGGACAGCUGAUUUUAAUCUACCAUCAUCAGUCUGGCUAGCAGGAUUUUUUAAUCCUCAGUCAUUCCUAACUGCCAUAAUGCAACAGACAGCAAGGAAAAACGAGUGGCCCUUAGAUAAGAUGUGUUUACAUUGUGACGUCACUAAGAAACAAAAGGAAGAAUUUACAGCGCCUCCAAGAGAAGGUGCAUAUGUUAAUAGUCUUUAUAUGGAAGGAGCCAGGUGGGAUAUGGCACUGGGAGCAAUUAGUGAAUCCAAACUGAAGGAAUUAUUCCCACAAAUGCCGGUCAUUUAUAUUAAGGCUAUUACACAGGAUAAACAGGAACUGAAAAAUGUGUAUGAGUGUCCCGUUUAUAAAACGAGGGGUCGCGGACCGACUUAUGUUUGGACAUUUAAUCUUAAGAGCAGAGACAAGCCUACCAAGUGGACCUUAGCUGGGGUUGCUAUUCUGCUUCAGAUAUAAUGAUUAAAAUAUCGCACAUGUUUUAGAUAUACAAAUAAGAUCGUAUGAUGAAUAAUGAAAUUAAUAAUAACAGAAGAACAAAGAAAAUGUAAAAAUGUACAAGUGAACGUAGGAAUAAAUCAAAUU